AUGUCCAAGCGUCCUGCUUCUCCCGCCGCUUCCUCCUCCAGCUCCUCCUCGGGCGACUCCGAGCCGAGCUUCAUCAAUGUCGACUUCCUCUUCUCUUCUCCCUCCGCGCUCGACUACCACGCCCUCAAGCGCCUCACCCAGCAGCUCUUCUACACGCACGCCGCGCACCUCGAUCUCGGCGCCAUUGCGCAGGAGACGAUUGACGCGGCAGGCAAGUGGGGCAGCGUGGUCAAGGUGGAUCAACAGAGCGAAGAAGGAGGCGAGGAGGAGGAUCCGUAUGCGUUUGUAGGCGCGUUUGACUUGGCAGCCUCGACGGCGGCCUCUCAAUCUCUGCGCGCCUACUUUCUCGCGCGCAGCGCCUCUUGCGCUUCCAUCUCCUCGCUUCUCGCCUCUUCCUCCGCCGACGCCGCCAACGCCGCCGCCUCGCCGUCGACGCUCCUGGUGCUGCACGAACGCAUGGUCAAUCUGCCGCCUGCCAUUGCGCUGCCUCUGUACCGCAUGUUAUUCGACGAGAUUGCUGCGAGUCCUACUCAGCCCGACAACCUCCUCUUCUUCUCGCGCAUCUUCAACGCCGAUGCCUUUUCCGACGACGAGAUGUCCGACGCCGAGGGCGGCGAUGCGGAGGACAAGCCUCGGGGAAUGAAGGGCGCCGCCAAGAAGCGACGCAAGGCGGCUGCGUCGCUUAAGACGGCAAAGACGGCGCCGCCGCCAAAAGCGAGGCUGGCAGAGGGAGAGUAUGGCCUCUUCCAUCCGGAGGACGCCGUAUUUGCUCAAUUUGCGUCGCACACACACACCUUUCGCUUUCCGCCGCCUCCGGACGCAGCCGAGGCGUUUGAGGCGCCCCUGUUUGGGCGCCUCGUCGUGGUGCCGUGGAGGCAGGCGGGGGAGAUGCUGCAGCGUCUCGAGGCGCUGCUGGCGCAGGGCGGCGCUGCGUGA